UUGAAUCGGAGAAAAUCCAAGGGCAGAACCUGGAUUUGAAACAGAUGUCAAUAAACAGACGGUAACGAGGGGACUAAGACAACAGAGCCCAACUGAAAAAAACCGAUAUCUGUGGAGGAUUCAACUGAGCCAUUCAAUCCAAUUCAAUUCCUACACAUCCUCUCCAGGUUCCAUUUCCCAUUUUACUAUGCCAUCCCUCCUCUCCUCCAAUUUUUUCCUCACAACCCAUCUUCACAAACACCCACAUUUCUCUCUAAACUUCUCUGGAUUCUACCCCACCUCCUACCACCCUCCUAGGACCUCCAUUUCCUGUUCAGCCCACAGCAGCAAGUGUUCACUCUCUUUUCUUGCUCCUCUAGAAGCAAUACUAUUUGACAUUGAUGGAACAAUAUGUGAUUCAGAUCCUCUCCAUUAUUAUGCCUUUCGUGACAUGCUUCAAGAGGUAGGUUUCAAUGGAGGAGUCCCCAUCACCGAGGAAUUCUUUAUUGAGACUAUUAGUGGCAAGCACAAUGUGAAUCUUGCCACCAUCCUCUUUCCUGAUUGGGAACCCCAAAGAAGCCAAAAAAUUUUGGAGGAUAAGGAAGCCUAUUUUCGGAGAUUGGCAUCAGAACAACUACAACCCAUGAAUGGGCUGCACAAGUUGUGCAAAUGGGUUGAAGAACAGGGCUUGAGACGAGCUGCCGUGACAAGUGCUCCAAGAUCAAAUGUUGAGCUCUUGAUCCCAAUGUUGGGCCUGUUGGAUUUCUUCGAGACUAUUGUUAUUGGGAGCGAUUGUGAGCGAGUGAAACCGUUCCCUGACCCCUACCUGAAAGCUCUCCAAGCACUUAAAGUGUCCCAUAAGCACACUUUUGUGUUUGAGGACUCUGUUUCAGGGAUAAAAGCAGGGGUGGCUGCUGGGAUGCCAGUAGUGGGCUUAGCCAAAAGGAACCCCGAAAAACUACUGGCAGCAGCCGGGGCCUCUUUCGUCAUUGAUGAUUUUGACGACCCAAAAUUGUGGGGUGUGUUGGAAGAGCUACAACGCAAGCCAGAGGUAACAACAGCUACUUAGCUCGAAAUGCUAUUAUUCUUUAGCGUAUAUAAUAAAACAAUGAGACAAACAUGCGCUGCUAAAGAACAAGGGCUUGGUGAAGGGGGUUUAUACUUCACCUAUGGGUUCUACUCUACAUCUAUCUGUUCGAACUUCACGUAGAAGUUGCACCCAUUGUAUUUUACAUUGAAUUGCUUUUCCCUUUUGAUGAGGGAUUCAUGUACUCAAAUGUUACGCCACAAGAAUACUUCUGUUUGCCGUUGA